AUGAUAUCUUCAAAAUCUACACAAGUGUUAAGGAAAGCACUCCAACAAACACCAAGAUUAAUAACUGCAUCUGCUACAAGAUCCUUUGCAACCACUGCCAUUCGUCAUAACACUACUGAUGACUUGCCAUUUUUAAAUAACUUGCCAAGAAAGAAGCCAGUAGGUGAAAACUAUGUCCCAUUGGUUAACCCAACUGAAAAGUACAAGGAACAAAUUGAAGAGUUACACAAGUUCGGAACUUAUCUUAUUACAUGUUUACCUAAAUUCGUACAACAAUUCUCUGUUUGGAAGGAUGAAUUGACCAUUUACGUUGCUCCAUCUGCUCUUAGACCAGUUAUGAUCUUCUUGAAGAAUCAUACUGCUGCUCAAUUCAAAUCAUGUAUGGAUGUCACUGCUGCUGACUAUCCUUCAAGAACCAACAGAUUCGAUGUGGUUUAUAAUUUAUUAUCUGUCAGACACAAUUCCAGAAUCAGAGUCAAGACUUAUGCUAGUGAAACUAGUCCUGUUCCUUCCGUUGUCCCAAUUUUCCAAGGUGCUAAUUGGUACGAAAGAGAAACCUAUGAUUUGUUCGGGGUUUUCUUCGAAGGUCACCCAGAUUUAAGAAGAAUUAUGACCGAUUACGGGUUUGAAGGUCAUCCUUUAAGAAAAGACUUCCCAACUACUGGGUACACUGAAAUAAGAUACGAUGAAGAAAAGAAGAGAAUUAUUUAUGAACCAUUAGAAUUAACUCAAGCUUGGAGAAACUUCACCGUUGGUGCUUCCGUUUGGGAACCUGUUGGUGAAGGUAAGGAUUUCACCCCAGAAGCCUUUAAAUUGCCAACUCCACAACCUGAACCAGAAAAGGAAGGUGAACAAAAGAAGUAA